AGUUUCCUUCCCUGUCUCGCGUAGUUAGGAAAGUUUUGCGACCGAGAUUCACAACCGCACGUCGUCACUAUAUCCUCCUGACUAUAAAUAAACGAGGAAGAAAUUUUGUUUCAUCAUCUAACGAUACGUCGCGUUACGAGCAAUCCCAGUUUACUCGCGCUUCGGAUAUCGUACUCUAAUCAUGAAGUUUUUUGUGGCAUUGUGUGCUUUAGCGACAUGGAUUUACGUCGAGGGCAUGCAAUUCAUCAACGACGAAUUACAUGAACACAAGGGGGAGGUGAUAGACUGCGUAGGGAGACGUAUAGAAAUAAAUCAACUGAUGAAAGAGGCGAUAUGCAUGCCAAGGCCUACCUUAGAAAAAUUAAUACCGCAAUCGGGCUAUACCUUUUAUCCGAAUUAUGCCUCGGUGAUGAGAUGCAGCGGUUCCUGCACGAGGAAUAAGUCAUGCAUGCCGGUUCGCAAAAAUAUAAGAAACAUCACCGUGAGAAGGGUCGGCUUAGACUUGAGCGAGUGUUAUCACGUGGCGGUCGAAGAUCACAUCAAAUGCAAAUGUCAGUGCAGCGUGACGAGAAACCAUUGCAAUAUUCAUCAGGUAUAUUCGGAAGAUAACUGUGCGUGUGAAUGCCAGAACAGGACAGAAUGUGAUAAAGCGCGCGGGAUGGUCUGGAAUGAAAAAUUAUGCAAGUGCACUUGCAACAAGGAGGAGGAAAUCUGCUCGAGUGGACUUGAAUGGGUUCCCUCUCGUUGCGGAUGCGCCAAAGUAAUGGAGAUGUAGCAGUUAGGAGAAUCUAAUAGAUGAAUAUUACAGCCUUGAUUUUAUAUAAUUAUGAUAUUAAAAAUUUAUAAGGAAACACAAGAACGGCAGAAAUCAAGGUGUCGUCAUUCGUCGAUAAUACGUUAAGGAAUGAAUAUCACUAUUUUAAUUUUUAUUUCGAUUUAUUUGUUCGUAAUAAAGUUCUUUAUAUACACAUGUACUUCUUUUCUAAAUAUAUCAAAAUCGCGCUGCUGUAAAAUUACGUUAACAAAUUGAGCAAUAAAAUAUAGGAUCAGUA